AUGGCCCCUCCAAAUGACUUCGAGCCGUACCUGCUCUCGCCGUUGGAUUAUGUCCCGGUGGCAGUACAUAUGACUGCAUUUCUGACCUUCCGUUUGGAUAAUCCAGCUCGGGCAAUUCCAGUCCUCGAGGCAGGCGUGGCAUGCUUGACCUCUCAUCUGCCGUUUUUGACUGGAAAUGUGGCCGCUUCUUCUCUAUGGCCGGACAAGCAGAACAUGAUGGAGGUCCAACCAUCAAAUCAAGAUAGUUUGGAUCAGUAUCCCAUGUUAAAGAUCAAAUAUCAUCACAGAAGAUGGGAUACAGAGUUUUAUGAUCCAGAAUACUUGCCGCUGGCUCUUGACAGUAUCAUAAACGAGCGCAGUCCAGUUUUCCGGCUGCAGGCCAAUAUCUUGGAAGAUGGAAUUAUUCUCUGUGCCGCUUUCCACCAUAUGACUAUGGAUGCCACGGGGUUCUAUAAUGUGAUGGAAGCCCUGUCGAUAUCCUGUCGGAGUCCAGAGACUUUGGCCGAGAGAACCACAAGCCCAAUCGAGGAGAGUUUGACCAGAAAGAAAAUCCUCAACGCUGUAUCAAUAGUGCCGGUUGUCAAAAGCGAAGAGAAAAACGAAGGUGAAAGCUCUCCUGAAGUUCCAGUCGAUCUUAUCGCCGAAGUCCUGGUCUCCCACAAAUUUGUAUUGUGCAAUGAAAAGAUUAACCGGCUCCGAAAACUUUGCAUAUCAUUGACAAAUCCACCCACCAAGUUGUCAAGAAAUGAUGUUGUAUCGUCUAUUAUAUGGCUCUGUUUCAUGCGAGCUCGUGCAUUGCUCUCACCAAGUGCAGCUGAGGAUAAAUCUCGUUUGCUUACUGCAGCAGACGUCCGCAGAACCCUCAGCUCUGUUCUUCCGCAAACCUACCUAGGAAACUGUCUACAAGGCAUCUCAGUUCAUAGUCCAUUUCCCCUCAAAGCCCUCCUAGAAGUGUUGCCCCGGGAUCAGAACGAUUCUAUCACUCGUCUUAAAAAAACCGACAUACAUUUUCUUGCCAAAUUAUCUGUCAUUCACCGACAACAGUUUGUCGCAAUUGACGACAAGGUUGUUCGAAAUACCAUAUCUCAAAUUACGAACACGAAGGACUGGGCAUCAAACAGAUCAGUCGUGGGAGGACUGGGUGACUUGACACUUAGUAACAUACGGAAUCUAGGCUUCUAUAAUUUGGACUUCGGGUCGGUCCUGGGUACGAUUCAUGACUUUGAUAGUCCUGAUCCGAGAAACAAAGGCCUUACUUGGGCCCUACCAGCUCGGUUUGGGGAUGCACCAUGGGAGAUUAGGUUGCCACUUGAUUCAAAAAUCAUGGAAUUGAUGCAGAGGGAUCCUUUGAUGUGCUGGCUUGAAUACAAGGAAGUGGCCAAGUUGUAG